GCCCGCCCCCUCCCCCACCCCCGUUCCCGGACCCGCCGGUGGGGUCUGGAUCCCACCGUGCCGCGCCGGCCGCCGCCUCUGUUUUUUCGACGCCUUCGCCGCCGCCUCAAGAGGCGACCUAGUCGGGAGUUCCGCCGCCGCUGCCAGGAUGGAUAGAAUGACAGAAGAUGCUCUUCGCCUGAAUCUUUUGAAGAGGAGUUUGGACCCAGCAGAUGAACGAGAUGAUGUCUUGGCAAAACGACUCAAAAUGGAGGGGCAUGAGGCCAUGGAACGUCUGAAAAUGUUGGCACUGCUCAAAAGGAAAGAUUUAGCAAAUCUUGAGGUGCCACAUGAGUUACCUACCAAACAAGAUGGCAGUGGUGUCAAGGGUUAUGAAGAGAAACUCAACGGCAAUCUGAGGCCUCAUGGAGACAACAGGACUGCUGGGAGGCCAGGCAAAGAGAACAUCAACGAUGAGCCUGUGGACAUGAGUGCUCGGCGGAGUGAGCCAGACCGAGGAAGGCUGACUCCUUCCCCAGACAUAAUUGUUUUGUCUGAUAAUGAGGCUUCCAGUCCCCGGUCCAGCUCCCGGAUGGAAGAAAGACUCAAAGCAGCCAACCUAGAGAUGUUUAAGGGGAAAGGCAUUGAGGAACGGCAGCAGCUUAUCAAGCAGCUGAGGGAUGAGCUACGUUUGGAAGAAGCUCGACUGGUGCUGUUAAAGAAACUAAGACAGAGUCAACUACAGAAAGAGAAUGUGGUCCAGAAGACUCCAGUUGUACAAAAUGCAGCAUCUAUUGUUCAGCCAUCUCCUGCACAUGUGGGACAGCAAGGCUUAUCUAAGCUUCCCUCCCGGCCUGGGGCUCAAGGCAUUGAACCUCAAAAUUUGAGAACAUUACAGGGUCACAGUGUCAUCCGUUCAGCAACCAACACCACCCUUCCACACAUGUUGAUGUCUCAACGUGUUAUUGCACCAAAUCCAGCCCAACUUCAGAGUCAACGGGGGCCACCAAAACCUGGCAUUGUACGCACCACAACACCUAACAUGAAUCCUGCCAUCAGUUACCAACCACAGUCAAGUUCUUCUGUUCCCUGUCAGCGCACAACAUCUUCUGCCAUCUAUAUGAACCUCGCCUCCCAUAUCCAGCCAGGGACUGUGAACCGAGUGUCCUCACCACUUCCUAGCCCCAGUGCCAUGAGUGAUGCUGCCAACUCACAGGCUGCAGCCAAAUUGGCUCUUCGAAAACAGCUGGAAAAGACGCUCCUGGAGAUACCACCUCCAAAACCUCCUGCUCCCUUGCUUCACUUCCUGCCUAGUGCAGCCAAUAGCGAGUUCAUCUACAUGGUAGGCUUGGAAGAAGUCGUACAGAGUGUCAUUGACAGCCAAGGCAAAAACUGUGCCUCACUUCUGAGGGUCGAACCCUUUGUAUGUGCCCAGUGCCGCACAGAUUUCACCCCUCACUGGAAGCAAGAAAAGAAUGGUAAGAUCCUCUGUGAGCAGUGUAUGACUUCCAACCAGAAAAAGGCUCUCAAAGCUGAACACACCAACCGACUGAAAAAUGCUUUUGUUAAAGCCCUACAGCAGGAACAGGUAAGGAUUCUGGCUCCUACUGCACAGUCAUCUGAACAGGUUUGCUUUUCCCAAAAGGUUGUUGUUAGCCAGGCGGUGGUGGCACACGCCUUUAAUCCCAACACUCAGUAAAUAGAGGCAGACAGAUC